AUGAUGCUAUAUAAAUUAGUAGUUCUUGGGGAUGGUGGCGUUGGAAAGACGUAUGAUCCAACGAUUGAAGAUUCAUAUCGAAAGCAAGUAGUAAUUGAUGAUCAACCUUGUGUGCUGGAAGUUUUGGAUACAGCCGGACAAGAGGAAUACACGGCACUUCGUGAUCAAUGGAUUAGGGAUGGAGAAGGUUUUCUCCUUGUCUAUUCUAUAUCUUCACGAUCAACUUUCGAACGAGUAGAACGAUUUCGCGAUCAAAUCACACGUGUUAAGGACACUGAAUCUGUUCCAUUAAUGCUUGUUGGUAACAAAUGUGAUAAAAUUACCGAACGCGAAGUCUCUCGAGAAGAAGGCAUGAAUAUGGCAAGGAAACUUAAAUGUGAAUUUAUUGAAAGUUCUGCGAAAACAUGCGUAAAUGUGGAACGAGCAUUUUACACAGUGGUUAGAAUGAUACGGUCGAAUAGAGAAGAAAGUUGGAUGCGAGGAAAGGCGCUAAAGCGUCUUUGUUUCAUUGAGUAG